GCGCCUGCCCGCGCUCACCAUCCCGCUGCCCGCGCCGCUCGGCCGGCUCGAGGAGGUGUUCAGGGAGGUCCAGACCCUCAAGGACGCCGUGGCCAGCCUGCAGAAGUCCUGCCAGGACUGCAGGCUGCAGGCCGACGAGCACCGGGACCCCCCGCUGUCCCCCAGCCCGGGACCCCCGGGGGAGAACGGCGACCUCCGCGUGCAGGACCUGGAGAGCCAGGUGCACGAGCUGUCGUCGGAGCUAAAGGGCGCCCGCGAGGAGAUCGGCGCGCUCCACCGGCGCCUGGAGAAGCUGAGUCUCGUAAAUAUGAACAACAUCGAGAACUACGUUGACAGCAAAGUCGCCAAUCUGACAUUUGUGGUCAACAGUUUGGACGGGAAGUGCUCGUCCCAGUGCCCCAGCCAAGAACAAAUCCAGUCCCGCCCAGUUCAACAUCUGAUAUACAAAGACUGCUCUGACUACUACGUAAUAGGCAGAAGAAGCAGCGAGACCUACAGAGUUACACCUGAUCCCAAAAACAGCAGCUUCGAGGUGCCCUGCGACAUGGAGAGGCUGGGCGGAGGCUGGACGGUGCUGCAGGCGCGGCUGGAUGGCAGCACCAACUUCUCCAGGAACUGGCGCGACUACAAGGAAGGCUUUGGCAACCUCCACCGGGAGUUCUGGCUGGGAAACGAUAAGAUUCACCUUCUGACCAAGAGCAAGGAGAUGAUCCUGAGAAUAGACCUCGAGGACUUUGAGGGUGUCAAGCUGUACGCGGUGUAUGACCACUUUUACGUGGCGAAUGAGUUUCUCAAGUACCGUCUGCACGUUGGGAGCUACAGCGGCACAGCUGGGGACGCCCUGCGUUUCAGUAAACAUUACAACCACGACCUGAAGUUCUUCACCACCCCGGACAGAGACAACGACCGCUAUCCCUCGGGGAACUGCGGGCGCUACUACAGUUCGGGCUGGUGGUUUGAUGCUUGUCUUUCAGCCAAUUUAAAUGGCAAAUACUACCACCAGAAGUACAGAGGUGUCCGUAAUGGGAUUUUCUGGGGCACCUGGCCUGGGGUGAGUGAGGCGCAGCCUAAUGGCUACAAGUCCUCCUUCAAAAGGGUCACGAUGAUGAUUAGACCCAAGAACUUUAAGCCAUAACAGCUGGGCUCAUUUCACCAGGCAUUUAUAUCUAAUAGCGUGAGUCCUGCCUUUAGCACUUUGGGGUGUGCCUUCUUUCGGAUCUCUUUUCCACAGCCAACACAUUAUCUCUGAGCAUAGGUUCUUAUGCUAUAUAGCAUUUGGAAUAAAGCUGAAAAUAUGCAUUUUAAAGAGUCCUUUGCUGCUGUUAACCAAGGAAUGCAUGGAAGCAUUGGAAAUCUUAAAAUAGAUUCUAUUUAUGUCUUUUAAUUUCUACUAAUUAGAAAUGUCUUUAUUAUUUGUAUUACUUUCUAUUAUAAAAAUGGCUUAUUCAGCAAACUAGAUGCUACACAAAGCAAUCUCCACUUGGGCUGUGGCUGAACGUGCAAAUUUGAAAAUAUAUCACUCUUUUCAGGCUAGAAAUGUUUAUUUGUAUAUGUGUCCCUUAAUACUGCAAUGUUUGUUCUAAGAUAAACUCACUCACUUUAUGGCGUUUAUUUUGGGCCAGGAAGACCUUACAGUAUCUUACUUUCCAAGUAAAGGGAAAUCAUAUAUGUAAUUAAACCUGUUCAUGUAAUACUCAUGAAAUCUAAAAUAUGGCAUUUCCCUGCUGUUUUAAUUUGGUACAUAUUUAAUACUGUAAAAUGAGGUAUCUCAAUGUCACCAACAAAACAUUCAAAAAAUAAUGUAACUUUGAAAACUUUGGUUUAAAGUGCUUUGUUCAGGGCCUAUAACUUUUCAGAAGUCUGAUCGUAAAAACUGCUUUAACAUACAAAUUAUCUUCCUCUGUUCUGCUUA